AUGACCUCCCAGGUGCGCACCAUGCUUCGCCUCCAACCGGCAGCCCGUCUUGCCAUGCGGCAGACACCCCUCGCCGCCGCCACGGCAGCCGCAGCAGCAACAGCACGGCCGCUGCACACGACGUCUCGGCGCGCAGCGUACAAGGACACGCAGGACCGCGAGUCGCUCAAGCCCGGCGGCACAGAGGGCACCAAGUCGGGGCGCGACUCGGACACGGGCAACCUCGAGUCGGCGUUCGACCCGUCGGUGACGUCGCCCGAGGGCGCCAAGGAGGCGAACAGGCGCCAGGGGAACGAGGAGCUCGACGUCAGCGGGGCGUCGCAGGAGGUGUCGAAGCCGAGGGGGGACGAGAGGAGCGGGCAGGAGAAGCCGCGGGAGGUUAGGAAGGGGGGCGCCAGCAGCGGGGGGAGUCCCGAGAAGAAGGGGGAUGGCGCGGCCUAG